UGGUGGCCGUCGUGGGGCCGCCCCACUGGCUGCUCUGCUGCUUCAGCUGGCAGCGCGGCACGCUCCACAGCAGCGCCAAGCUGCCCGUCUACGGCACCUUCUCCUGCGUCGAGCAGGUGCUGUGCCACCCGACGGACGACUCGAUGGUGUGCCUGGUGGGCCCCGGCGUGCUGCAGCUGCUGACGGUGUCCGGCGCGGCGUGGCACCAGCUGCCGGCUGCGCGCGUCGAGCUGCUGCCCAUCAGCUGCGGCUGCUGGCUCACGGGCGAGCAGCUGCUGUGCGGCACACGCGACGGCCGCCUCGUGCUGCUGCACAACGGGCAGCUGCGCGCCACCUUCCGCGCCGCCGACCUGCUCUCCUUCGACGCCGACGCUUCUCCUCCGCCGCAGCCGACGGAGCAGCUUCUAUCGACUUCAACUUCCACACUCGAAAUGAGGGAUCCCAAAGGCUUUGACGACAUGACCGUGCGGGAGAUGCUAUGCUUCCAGAAAGGUGUCGCAUACUCGUGCGGUUUGGGAAAGGUGCACUUUUUUGAAAGAGAGGAAGGCAGCCUAUACCAGAAGAGAAACGUCUUCACCGUACCGAAACCGGAAUUUGCCGGCGAUGUGUUCGACAUGAAUUGCAUCCAGACUCUGAGUGUGAACGCUGCUGGUGACCACCUCAUGGCUGUCACCAACUGCUGCCAGCUGUACCACGUACGAUUAUGGGGCCCCCACAUGAACGAGGAACCAGAAAUUCCGUUCUCAAUCUUGGGGGAGCGGCUUCAUCACGGACCCAUAAGCGGGCUGUCUACCUGUCUUUGGAAACCGAUUUUUGUUACGUCUGGGAGGGAAGACCACACGUUACGUGUCUGGAAUUACGAAACUGAGAGACAGAUGUUCAUCAGGCAAUACAAACAACAACUGUACUGUGCUGCUGCGCAUCCGACAGGUCUCUUCAUUGCUGUUGGCUUUGAAAACAGGCUUUGUUACAUGACAGUUUUGCUUAGUGACGUUUUGCCUUUACAAUAUUUCCCCAUCAAAGCAUGCUCAGAAUGUGUUUUCAGUGCUCAUGGGCAAGUUUUUGCAGCUGCUGAUGGCACCAUUGUGAGGAUCUAUUCAGCCAUCACAUUUAAAAAUGUGCUGAAUCUGGAAUACCACAAAUCAAAAGUAUGCAGCAUAAGGUGGGCCUGUAUGGAUAACAUGCUGGUCUCCUGCAGUCCAGACGGCACAAUUGUUAUUUGGGACAUUCCUCGUGGGGAAAUUACUGGCCAAAUAGCAUUGGGGCCUGGCCUCUCUCAGAUCGCAGUAACAUCAGAUGGAAAAACAAUAAUUACUGUCAGCAAAGAUGGCUUAUUGAGAGAAAUAACUAACAAUUCAUUCAGCAUGGAACUGGAUAAAGAUCUUCAAGCUCAUCUCAUUCAAGGAUCAGUGUUCAAUGGCAUUUCUAAGACUAUUCAGAAUGGACUACUGCAAUGCACGUUGGAAGUGUACCAUGAUGAAGUUUGUAAAGAAAUUAAAUAUGCCGAUUAUGUUGCAAUAGUCAUGGCUGAAAGCACAGGUGUGUCUUGUGAAUAUCAAUUGGUUAUUGUUUUGCAUUAUUUUGUUAAGGGUAAACCUGUUGAAAGAUUUUGGAACUUUGUUAAUCGAGAAAGUCAGAAUGCUCAUACUGUAGCUCAGAGUAUUCUGAAACAAAUGGAACAAUUAAUUAGUUAUGAUCGAGCAUAA